CACGGUCACACUAGUCAGUCGCAGUUAAGUUUUCAUGAAGUACGGUUGUGUUUUGCGGACGUGUUGCGACGACGUAUUAAAAACUUCGAUAAGUGCUAAAAAUGGCAAAAAAUUAAAAGUGAAAAGUGGUAAAGUGCAAAAAGCGGAAGAACAACAACGAAUAAGUCGUAAGCAGCGCUGAUUAUAGCGCCCAUAAACGAAGAGAACGAGGCGUGCCAAGUUUUCAAAGUACAAGUGCAAAUUAAACCAGAUUUUGUGGCGAUGUCCACCGCCGAAACGGGGUCGUCGCCUGGCAAAAGCAACAGCAACAAUAACAACGGCGUCGCUGCAGGCGGCAAUGCGAAAGGUGUGCAGCGCCGACAAUUGCGCGAGCGCAAGCAGCGCAAACUUUACCUUGAGGAAUGUUUACUGGGCGACGAUGACGCGGAAGGCGCGCGCGGCUUCAGUGUGGCCGAAAAGCUCGAGUCCUCCAAGUUCGCACAGGCCGGCAUGGUGCGAGAGAUGCGCGGCUGCGAUUUAACAGUUUCUUUCCUACAGCAGCAUGGUUUCAAUAUACCUUUGCUGUUUAGGGAAAAGAACGGCUUGGGGCUGCGCAUGCCCGAUGCCCAGGAGUUCACGGUGAACGAUGUGCGUCUGUGUGUGGGAUCACGUCGCUUGCUGGAUGUUAUGGAUGUCAACACGCAGAAGAAUCUGCAGAUGACGAUGAAGGAGUGGCAGCAAUACUAUGAUAAUCCGCAAAAGGAUCGUCUGCUGAAUGUUAUAUCUUUGGAAUUCUCGCAUACACGACUCGAUAAUUUUGUCCAGAGUCCAGAGAUAGUGCGACAGAUCGACUGGGUCGAUGUGGUAUGGCCCAAGCAGCUGAAAGAUGCGCAAAAAGAGGGCACCAACCUGCUGGGUGGCAUGAUGUAUCCAAAAGUGCAAAAGUAUUGCCUCAUGUCCGUUAAGAACUGCUAUACAGAUUUUCACAUUGAUUUUGGUGGCACCUCUGUCUGGUAUCACAUAUUGAAGGGCAGCAAAGUGUUUUGGCUAAUCCCACCCACCGACCGCAAUUUGCAGCUGUACGAGAAAUGGGUGCUGUCUGGCAAGCAGGCGGAUGUAUUCUUUGGCGAUACGGUCGAGAAGUGUGCACGGGUCUAUCUUACGGCUGGCAAUACGUUCUUUAUACCCACCGGCUGGAUACAUGCCGUCUAUACACCCACCCAAUCUUUGGUCUUUGGCGGCAAUUUCCUGCACUCCUUUGGCAUUGUGAAGCAGCUGAAGACGGCCAGCGUUGAGGAUAAUACGAAGGUGCCACAAAAGUUCCGCUAUCCAUUUUUCACCGAAAUGUUGUGGUAUGUCCUGGCACGCUAUGUCUACACGUUGCUGGGUCACUCGCAUCUGGAGGGGGAGCCGUCGGUCAGUGAGAUCGAAAUGUCCGCCCGCCCGCACAUCCAUCUCACCCACUACGAGCUCUUUGGGCUCAAGGAGAUUGUCAUGUACUUGUACGAUCUGCCACCUCAGAAGAAGAAUGUGCCCAGUCUUGUCCUGGAUCCGGUUGCCCUCAUCAAGGAUGUGCGCACGCUGGUCGAGCGACAUUGCAAGGAUCAACAGGAUUUGGCUGUGACAGGCAUGUCUGUCCUACGGCCCGCUGCCGAACAUCAGCCUGUCUUUCAGCUGUACGAUCGCACACGCGUCAAGCAGGAGAUCAAACAGGAGAUAGCACGCAAAAAUGCGGAAGUCAUACGCGAACAGCAGCAGCUGGAGGCGGCCAGGGAAGCUGAAUCAGAGGCAGGCCACGGCGGUCACAACAGCUCGAACAAUGGCUGCAACAGCGCCAACUCCUCCAGUGGCAACAAUAACAACCACAGCUACAGCAGCCAGGGCGUGGAGUACAGCAAUGGGGUGCUGAAGAAGGAGCAUCUGGAGAACGGUUCAUCCACAGGACAUGGGUCACAACAAGAAGCUACCUUUGUGCUGCCCACGGACACGCUGAAGUAUCGACCACCCAAGAAGAUGCAUUUGGCAAAUGCUGUGGCAGCUGCUGCCAGCAGCAGCACCAGCAGCAACAGCAACAACACCAACAACAACAACAGCAGCAGCCAAGCUCAUAGCAGUAGUCCCACAAAUGUGGGGAACAACAGUAAUGCCGUUAGUGUGAUUGCCACCAGCUCCAACUAUGCGGAUGGCAGCAUGAGCACGUCGUUGGACAAUUGCUUGUCGCCGGGUGAGGCGAGUGCCAAGCUGUCGCCACACUUGACGGGCACCGGACAGCCGAGGCGACGACGCACGCGCUGCAAGAACUGUGCCGCCUGUCAGCGCUCCGAUUGCGGCACGUGCCCCUUUUGCAUGGACAUGGUGAAGUUCGGUGGGCCGGGACGGGCCAAACAGACGUGCAUGAUGCGACAGUGCCUGUCACCCAUGCUGCCAGUGACGGCGCAGUGCGUCUACUGUCAUCUGGACGGUUGGCGGCAGAUGCCCGUGUCGCCACAAACCAAGCAGCUGGCCUCACUGGAGGGUCCCUCUGCGCUGAUGGAGUGUUCCGUUUGCUACGAAAUCGCUCAUCCGGAUUGUGCGUUAUCCCAGCUGGAUGGCACCGACGAUGCCGCCGAUGCCAAGGGCAUUGUCAACGAGGAUCUGCCCAAUAGCUGGGAGUGCCCCAGUUGCUGUCGCUCUGGCAAGAAUUACGAUUACAAACCGCGACAUUUUCGCGCCCGCCAAAAAUCAUCGGAGGUACGACGCGUUUCUGUUUCGCAUGGCAACACCACCAGCGAUGGUCAGGAGGGAGCUGGAGGUGCAGCUGGAGUAGGUAGCAUUUUGCCACCGCCUGUUGGACAAUACAAUGAUUUUGUGUUUACGAGCGAAUCGGAAAUGGAGUCGGGCAGCAUGCAUACGACGCAUUGGAAACACGGUCUCAAGCGUCAUCAUCAGCUGGAAGUGAAGACGGAGCGCAACAACAGCAGUGACACGCCCUCGCCGGGCAUAUCACCCAAUGCGUCGCAUCUGCUGGGCGAGAAGGUGAAACGGCGCAAGAGCGACGACGGCACUAGCGUCAGCAGCAGCAUGCAUGAGAGCAACGAUGCGCCCUGCUCCAGUUCCAUGGAGGCUACAAGUGGAGCAGGUACUGGUGCGGCAUCCACUGGUCAUGGCGGAGGUGGCGGUGGUUCACGCAAAAAGAACUCCAUACGCUCACAGCUGGCGCAACAGAUGCUUAACUCGUCGACGCGUGUGCUGAAGAAGCCACAGUAUGUGGUGCGUCCAGCGUGCGCGGUCAGCUCCAGUCUAACCGGAUCUGGUUUGAGUAACGGCGCCAUAAAUGGGCUCAACAAUGGAGCCGGCACAAGUGCUGCAGCGGGCUUAGCUGGCGCUGUCAGCGGUGGUGUUGCUGGUGGAGCACAGCACAGCAAUGGCGCCAACGGACACAGCCAUCAUCAUGCGCACCAUGGCAGUGGCAACAGUCACAGUCACGGUCACGGUCACAGUCAUAGUAAUAGCAGCGCCCACAAUUUGGCACUGGAUCCAACUGUGCUGAAGAUCAUAUUCCGUUAUCUGCCGCCCGAGACGCUCGUCACGUGCUGUUUGGUGUGCAAGGCAUGGUCAAAUGCCGCUGUCGAUCCUGAUCUCUGGAAGCGCAUGAAUUGUGCUGAGCUUAAAAUAUCCGCAUCUCUAUUGACGGCCAUUGUGCGGCGGCAGCCGGAGCAUUUGAUAUUGGACUGGACGCAGCUGGCCAAGCGGCAACUGGCCUGGUUGGUGGCUCGCCUGCCUGCCCUCAAGAAUCUCUCCUUGCAGAAUUGCCCCAUCCAGGCGGUGCUGGCGCUGCACACCUGCCUCUGCCCUCCAUUGCAAAUACUCGACUUGAGUUUUGUGCGAGGCUUGAAUGACGCGGCCAUCCGGGACAUACUGUCGCCGCCGAAGGAUUCGCGUCCGGGUCUGAGUGAUUCAAAGACACGGCUGCGUGAUCUCAAAACGCUGAAGCUAGCCGGCACUGACAUAUCGGACGUGGCUGUGCGUUAUAUAAUGCAAUCGUUGCCACAUCUCAAACACCUAGAUCUCUCCUCGUGCCAGCGCAUCACCGACGCAGGCGUGGCACAGAUUGGCACCUCGCCCACGGCAAUUGAACGGCUGGCGGAGCUUAAUUUGAGCGCCUGUCGCCUGGUAUCCGAGAACUCGCUGGAACAUCUGUCCAAGUGCGAAAGUCUUAUCUGGCUGGACUUGCGGCAUGUGCCGCAGGUGAGCACCCAGUCGGUGAUACGCUUCGCCAGCAAUUCCAAGCAUGAUCUUUGUGUCAAGGACAUCAAGUUGGUGGAGCGUCGCCGGCUCUCCUUAACCAACAGCUGGCGUGACUGAGGGCCGACCAGCAGAUAGCAGAGGCGACGCCAACGGCAAUUGUGUACAUUUACUGGCUGAAUCUUAAGCGGAUCUAUAUAGAUAUCCUGCAGCAUGGGCUAUGGGCACCUCACACACACACACACACACACACACACAAACACCCACACUCUCCUUGUUUUGACUCGUGUUUAGUUAUUAAGUCUCCGCCUAUUCUGUAAUUGUAAAUCUGUUUGGGGCAUGUUCUGAUUUACGCUAGGGAACUGUAUUUAUUGCCAGCACACAAGGAACAUCCUCACCUAAACCCGCCAGAAAAACACCUUAAACUAGACCAUCGGAGCGAUUCAAAGAUGUAGCAAUAGACAGUUUCAAAAUAAAAGAAAACCAAAGAAUUAUGUUUCUAAACAGCAGCAGAUAGAGCAAGCAAAAUAAGAAAACUAAGCCUAUGCCCUUCGCAUUGGAUAUAUAAACUAUAUAUCGAAUAUUGUACACGAAAAAUUAGCAUAAACAAAUUCUACCUUGAUGUCAAGUGUUUUAAAAGACACAUUAAUAUAUCAUCUUGCCGAAAAUUAUUUAAAUCUCUUAAGUUAAACGCGGUUUCUGUAUUGCAAUAUUCCCUUUAAGACAUGAUGUGCAAUUCCCUUUUUAUGGAACAUAGAAGAAUCUAAGCUCUAACAUUUAAUUAUUUUCUAUAUACAUGAUUAAUUUGCUGUGAUUUUUAUGUUUAAAUUUACAUUUAGCUGUUUAUUCUUCCAAUAGAGAAAUAUUUUAGAAUCGAAAUUUAUGUUUCGUCUGCAAACAUGCAAAUUUUAAUUUUUAACUAAAAUUGAUCUUGAGUGAUUAAUGACAAAUUUACAAAAA